GGAAAAAAAAUUACUGUUCGAUGAAGCGCUUUUAACAUUACUUCAAGUUGUCUCGCACCAAAAACGAAAUGUUUGUUAGUGACGAAAAGGUGUUCGUUGUCGAAUUACUUUGGUGCGCGUCGCUCGUGUUGUUGGCUCGGGGAGACAUACGGCUCCGGUCGGCGGGUUUUUCUGGUCCGGCCCCGGCAACUCCCGAUGUUGUGCUCAGGAAUCACCUGCUGCGGACCGUACACGGAGUGCGAUCCACGGGUAGAUGCCUGGCCACUUGCCUGCGAUCGCCGCUUUGCCUCGCCGUCAACUACGAGGAGGGAGGCGGCACCUGCGAGCUGUGCGCCGGCAAAAAGGAGGAAUUUCCCGAAGACGUGGUCCUUGAGGCUGGGUGGAAUUACUACGAGAUGGAGUCAGCUGUUGCGGAUUCGCUACCGACAACAGUUAAAAUGGUGACGACUGAAACACCAACUACCGAAGGGCCGACAACCGAAGGGCCGACAACCAAAGGGCCGACAGCCGAAGGGCUGACAACCAAAGGGCCGACAACCGAAGGGCCGACAACCAAAGGGCCGAUAACCGAAGGGCCGACAACCGAAGGGCCGACAACCAAAGGGCCGACAACCGAAGGGCCGACAACCAAAGGGCCGACAACCGAAGAACCGACAACCAAAGGGUCGACAACCGAAGAACCGACAACUAAAGUAUCGACAACCGAAGUGCCGACAACUGCACAUAUUACUACUGACAAGCCGCCGGUUGAUUGUUGGGAUAUCCACACUACGUCACCGAGCAGUCCGAGUGGCGAGUAUGCUAUAUACCCACCAGCUUGGGCUAAUGCGAUGACAGUCUACUGUGAUAUGACUACGGACCUAGGCGGAUGGACGGUGUUUCAAAGGCGUGGUGAUUCAUCGCAAGAUUUCUACCUGGACUGGAACUCGUAUAAGAUUGGAUUUGGCGCCCUCACCGGCAGCUUCUGGCUGGGAAAUGACGCCCUCAACGUCCUGACUGCCACGCAGGGUGACUACCAGCUCCGUAUCGAGCUAGAGUCGUACGGCUCAGUGGCAACCUUUGCCAAGUACGGCUUCGUGAGCGUGGCGAACGAGGCGGACACGUACCGACUUAAUGUCACCCGCUACUAUGGAUCAUACACCACAGGUGACUCGAUGUCGUACCACAGCGGCCAGGCCUUCACGACAAGAGACGCAGACAACGACAAUGACGUGUCCCGGCAGUGUGCCCAGGCGCUGCAGUCGGCCUGGUGGUUUAACGCCUGCUGCCAGUCCAAUCUGAACGGACCGUACCAGAGCAGCGCCAGCGUGCCUGGCCUGGGCGUUGGGAUUACCUGGGGGUCCUGGCUCGGACAAGACGAUUCGCUGAAAUUCACCGAGAUGAAGAUCCGACCAAUGAGCGCUCAGCCAGUCCCCAAAGAUUGCUGGGAUAUUUACGAGAGUGGUAGCUUGACCACCGGUGUAUAUACCAUCCAUGUGACGGGCAGGUCCCAAGGUCUAAACGUGCUCUGUGACAUGGACUUCGAUGGAGGCGGAUGGACGACGCUUCAGAAGCGCGUGAUUGGCGAUUUAAACUUUUACCGUGGCUGGGCCGACUACAAGGCCGGCUUUGGCACCGUGGACACCGUCUCGGAUUUCUGGCUCGGCCUGGAUGACAUUUACCUACUGACCAAUCAAGAUGCGUAUCAGAUUCGCAUCGUCGCCGUUAGCUGGCAGGACGUCCUCGGAUACGCCAGGUACAGUGAGUUUCGAAUCAGCGACGAAGCGGACAAUUACCGUUUGACAAUCAGUGGAUAUCAUGGUAACGCAGGUGAUUCGUUGACUGGCACCCACAACGGAAUGCCAUGGUCAACGUUGGACCGAGACAACGACAAUGACGCCCGUCACUGUGCCGAGGCCAUGCAAGGAGCCUGGUGGUAUAACAACUGCCAGACGUCCAACCUGAACGGGCCGUACGUGACUAGCCCCGGAUACCUCAGCACCAACGGCCAAGGGAUCAUAUGGAGCUCCUGGCUUGGGCAGGACGACUCUAUGGCAAAGGUGCAGAUGAAAAUCAGGCCGACUCGCGUCGGCUAUUGAAAAUCGGAUUCAGACGAAGGAAUCGUAAGUUACAAGCAAUUGUUAUGAGUAAAAAUGUCACAUUUUGUUGUCUAAUUGAGAAGCAAUUUUAAAAGAAUGUUCUCUCCGAGCUAUUUUCGAGUUUCACCGCCCGAUUUUAUUUUGUUAUUUUCUAGAAAUUUAAAAGUUUAAAUUUAAUAUUGCAAACUUCGAAUUAUUUGCUGAUCGACAACAGUUUUUGCAGGGUAGACUGGUUCCCGCUCUCGUCAUAUUCGAUAAGUUAAAGGGAAUAUAGUUUACAACAUUGCUUUUUCGGUAGGCCUAAUUGUCAGAAAUGAAUAGAUUUUAUAGAAAAUAUUGUUACACUGACCUGUUUAAAGUUUUGUGUUCGUAGAUGCUGAAAAGAAAACAAGAAAAAAUGCUUUUCUUGUAGUCUGGUUCCCCGACCCUACUUCAGACGAAACGGUGCAAUUCAUAGACGUCGGGGAAUUGUCAGGUCAGGGAACCAGACUAGCUGGCUAGCCUGGCUUGCACCCGUUCACGGAUGUGUAUUACCGAUUACAAACCAAAUGUGGACCCUCUAAAUUUGGUAAAUUGGUGGCAGUAUUUGAAGAAUUUUUUUUCCAACGAUGGUCAAUUUUUUUUUUUAGGUUUGCAACUGGCAUGCCUACAAUAUCUGUAAGGACAGAAAACCAGUCUACUCGCAGAGGUGCGAGUUGCAGACGCAAAAACAACAACAACAGAAACAAGGUGGCGCUAUAAUAAAACGUUGAAAGUGCGUAAGGGGCAAAGAAAAUCGAACAGUUUGUUGUCUCGUUUGUAGUUGAAGUAGGUAUAGUUGCAAGUCUACUUUAAACUCUUGAGGCAAUUUUUUUUUCGUCAAAAAGUGUGUCUGUUCAAAACGCAUAUUUCGUUGCAUAUUAUCUCGCAUUUUAAUUUUCUGCAGAAAGAUGUGUGCACUGCAGGCUAUUAUCUUGCAUGGUGUUCGAUACCAUAAUAUAUAACUUAAUUAAUUAAACAGUUAAUUUUAGUAAGGGAAAAACAAAGUAUAAACAUAGAAGCAUUUACAAACCGAGUCGAUUAAAGUAAAAUUUCCCGGCUACUUCAACACACGUAUCAUUUAGCUUCUACGGACUGUACUUUAAUUUCGUUCAAAAUAGUCGUCAGGCGCCACUGUUAAUUUCAAAUUUAAAAUUGCGCCAAAAAUGUUUUUUUGUGUGUGUGCAGUGUUAUUCACGAAUCUAGCGUUCGAAUUCAUCUUAGUUUUGGGAAAUUCGUCUCAUGUGGGGUUGAAUGAGACGAAUUCCAUAGAACUUGGACGAAAAUAGGAUUCUACCAUCCUGCACUAUAGAUUUGCAUUAUGGUGCCAUGUAUACACGGCACCAUAAUGCAAAUCUUUUAUUCGAAAUUGAAAUUAACAAUGCAGCCCAAUUACGGAAAUCAAAGUAUUUGUCCUUUUAAUUUGAAUGACACACGUGCUGAAGUAACAUGGGAACCUGUACAAUAAACGUAUUCAGUAUAGAAGCAUUUAUAAUGUGGCGGUAAUAGGGCCGGAUCUAGCUUUCAGAAAACGGGGUUGUUGAUAUAAA